ACUGCUAACAGCUUUUGUCUCUUGCCUCCUCUUCCUCCUUACCCUCUCUGCACUGUCCUCCAAGCACCCAGCUGCUCCAGCCUGGUUUGGCUCCCGCAGAACGUCCUGCCUGCCUGAUCCAGGAAGAGCUAUGAGCAAGGACGUCCACCGCAGAGAAGGACCUGCCCAUCCUGGUUAGACUCCGGUGUGACACCCGCCUGCCUGAGGGAGGAAUUAUGAGCAAGGACCACAACUGCAGACACAGAGUCGUACCCAGAACCCACGCGUUGUGCUAAGAACCAAGUCUCUACACCACCCAAACCCGAGCAAUGGCAGUAUCUCUGGAAGACUUUGUGCGGUCCCUUGACCUCAGGACCCUGCCCAGGGUCCUGGAAAUCCAGUCAGGCAUCUAUUUCGAAGGUUCUAUUUAUGAAAUGUCUGGAAAUGAAUGCUGUUUUUCAACAGGAGAAGUGAUUAAAAUCACUGCCCUCAAAAUUAAGAAGAUCAUAGCUGAAAUUUGUGAAAAUAUUGAAGGUUGUGAGUCUCCACAAUCAUUUGAACUGCCAAUGGAUUUUCCAGGUCUCUUUAGGAUCGUGGCUGAUAAAACUCCCUACCUUACUAUGGGGGAAAUUACAAGAACAAUCCAGAUUGCACCUGGCAGACGAGGGCAUCCUUGCUUCUAUCACCAGAAAGACAUAAACAUGGAGACUUUCACUAUAAAGCAGGGGGAGCAAAUCACACUCAACUCAGUUGAAGACAUUAAUGGAGAAAUAAUGGUGAACUGUGGCAUAGUAAGGAAUCACCAGAAUCACUCGUUUACUUUGCCUGUGACUCAAGAAGGAGAAUUCUAUGAGUGUGAAGAUGAACAUAUUUAUACACUAAAAGAGAUUGUCGAGUGGAAGAUUCCCAAGAACAGAACCCGAACUGUGAAACUUACAGAUUUUGCACAUAAGUGGGAUUCCUCAAUUCCAUUCCCUGAAGACUUUGAUGGUGCACUGAUUCUCAAGCCUGUUUAUGAAAUACAGGGUGUGAUGAAAUUUCGGAAGGACAUAGUCCACAUUCUCCCCAGCUUAGACGUUGAGGUCAAAGACAUAACCGACUCCUGCGAUGCCGGCUGGUUUCUUCAGCUGUUAUCUACGGAAGACCUCUUCGAAAUGACUGGAAAAGAGUUUCCCAUCGUGGCGGAAGUCAUCGAAGCGCCUCAAGGAAACCAGCUGCCCCGAGAUAUCUUGCAGCCUGGAAGAACCAUCGUGAUCCAUCAGAAGUACCAGGCGUCACGGAUCUUAGCCUCAGAAAUUAGGAGCAAUUUUCCUAAACGACACUUCUUGAUUCCCAGUAGCUACAAAGGCAGAUUCAAGCGGCGCCCUCGAGAGUUCCCCACGGCCUAUGACUUGGACAUUGCGAAGAGUGAGAAGGAGGCCCUCCACGUAGUGGCCACCAAAGCCUUCCCUUCCCCGCACGAGGAGCUGUCCUCUGUGUCUGUUGGGGACCAGUACCUAGUGCGUCUCUCAGAGACGACUGAAGUCCUCUGUGAGGGAAGAAAGAGAGGGGUGAAUUUUCUGGCCUGUGAAAAAAUUCUCACAACAUCCUGCGAGGCAGCGCGGCUCCCUCUGGACAUGGAGGGAGGUUUCGUCGAGGUGAUUCACGACAAGAAGCAGUACCAGAUUUCGGAGCUCUCUAAGCAGUUCCGCCUGCCCUUCAACGUGAAAGUGUCGGUAAGAGAUCUUUCCAUCGAUGAGGACAUUUUGGCUGCAACCCCAGGACUGCACUUGGAAGAAGCUAUCUCAGACUCUUACCUCCUCAUUAGUGACUUUGCCAACCCCAAGGAAUGCUGGGAGGUUCCCAUCGGCCGCUUGAAUAUGACUUUUCAGUUAGUUAAUUAUUUGUCCAGGGACAUGCAAUCGGGCACAGUCAGGGCUCUGGUAGAAGAGAUUACGGAAGAACAGUAUUACAUGAUGCGGAGAUAUGAAAGCUCUGUCUUGCACCCCCCGCCUCGUCCUCCCAAACAUUCCUCAGUGAAGGACACCCAGUUAACCCUGCUCACCUUAGCAGAAGAGAGUACAGCACACCGGCCUUCAUCUCCCCAGAGUCACAGAGGAGACGCGGCCAAGAAGCCACUCUCGCGCCGAGCUGACCUGGAACCAAGAGCCCCUGAUGGCUGUCAGGAUGAUGUGCCUGACACCGCGAGAGACAGGAGCAAGCGCAGAGCCCCGAGGCUGCCGGCCCAGUAAAUCUUCAAAAAUGAAAAAACAUCAGUGAUACCAAGACAUGAAGAAAUUCCCCUGGGCAGUGAACUUAAGUCGAAGAGAAAGUCUAGGCUUCUCUCUGAAAAGCUGUUCCAUGGUGAGCUCCAGGAGACUCAAGAAUUGACCAGUGCCAAGGAAAAAACAAUCUCAAAACUUUAACAGAUAA